AAAAAAGAACGAAAAUGGCUGCCUUUCUCAUUUAAACCUCUGUCCUAGAAGAAUAAAUAAACAUGAAAUACCCGGCGCAUAAUGUAAUCCAGCAUCAAGUCAAUAUCCAUGGAAUAUAGGGCGUAGAAUGCAUGCGUUUCUAUGAUGUGGCGGUCAAGAAUGGAUAAACUGUUUCAUAUUUAACCCUUUACAUUCCAUGAUCCGCCUACAAAUGAGGUUUGUGUGUUUUUUUUGUGUUCUCAAAAUGUACUUGCAAAUGCAGCAGUUUACUUCGUGUAUUGCAUUGUAGUAGCGCCCAUUGCCCCAUUUAUACACCUGUUGUAUUAUUGGGUUGUAAACGCGUAAUAGCGAGACUACUACUGUAUGUUGCAUAUUGCAUUAGCUCUGCCUAUAUGGUUUUGCAAGAAUAGCCUGUUCUAAUUAAUGUUGGACAAGAUGUUUGCAAAUAGAAUAGAUAAUUUAUAACAUAUUUAUUACAUAGUGUUGUGAAGUGCAUCACCAUAUUAGGUUCUUAUUGUGUGUGUUUGUGUGUGUUUAUGUGCAGGCGCAUACAUCUGUGUCACACUUAACAAUUCAAUGAUUCUGAACCUGUUUCCCUUUCAUUUGUACCCCUCAACAGAAAAUGAUGCACCAAGUCACUAGCAGCAGCAAUGACUAUUGCAUGAGUGGCCUUGCAGAGGAAUGUCAACACCCAACCAGCCACUUCGACUUAUGUAGCUCGCAAUCCAACAAAUUCUACCCUUCGCCCCCACCCCCUACUCUACAGCUGCCUCUCCCUAACCUACCCCCUCUGCCACAGGGCAUGCACAAGCCCAUGCCCUGUCAAAUGCAACAAGAGACCCAGAAUGAGUUCCACACUCAGACAGUGAGGAUCCGAGGGGCCAGUGAGGCUCCUAUUGGGCCAGAGAGCUCCAAGAAGAAGAAAGGAGGCGUCGUCAAAUCCGGCCGUAGAGGGAGACCCUCGGGGACCACUAAGUCAGCCGGUUACCGGACAAGCACCGGACGUCCGUUGGGGACCACGAAAGCUGCAGGGUUCAAGACCAGUCCCGGCAGGCCCUUGGGUACGACCAAAGCGGCAGGCUACAAGGUUAGCCCUGGCAGGCCUCCUGGUAGCAUCAAGACUCUGGCUCGGCUCAAGAAACUGGAGUACGGAAGCUGUGAUGGUACCAAGAAACUAGACUUCAGUAACUGCGGCGGCGGAGCCAAGAAACUGGACUAUGCCAGCUGCGAAAUGGCACCUUUCCCUUACACCCUGAUGCAGAAACAAGGCUUGUGUGAGCCAACUGGCAAAGUGGAGGAAAGUAACAAGUAGUUCUGCCUGCAUCUCUAUCUACUGCCUGGAACUCAGAUUUGAGUGCUUGUCCUAAAGGAUGUUGAUAACCAGCAGGGACUUGUGUAGCCAAAAUGUGCGUUGACUUUUGGAUAUGUCUGGCACUGGCUACCUACAAAUGGCUCCUCCUCUCUUCAAUGUACUGUGCUAAUAUCAUCACCAUUUAUUCUGUCCCUAUCCAAAGACUGAAAUCUCUCUCUUUUUUUCAAUAAGUAUGUUAUCUUAUUUUACAGAGAUUGCAUGAUGAGGCAUAUAAUAAAUACAAUCAAUAUACUUUAGCUAAACAGGAAUGAGAGAAAUAGCCUAUUAUUCGUUUAUAAUCUGUUCAAAUGCUCGCUGUCUGGAGAAGGGUUGAUGUUUUGUUUAAAUGUUUAAAUAUCUGACUUUCAUUCAUCUGUUUAUUUUAUUCUCUGAUAUAAUGUGCUGUAUUAGUAGUAGUCGUCAUGGUUUUCUUGUCCUCAUGAUGUUUUGAAAAUGUAUCUGAGUAGAAAACAACACCAAACGCAGUAAAACAUGAAUCUGAAGCUUCUCCCAGAGUGCAUGUUGCUGUGCUUGUGUCUUUUUGUGUUGUCUGGUAUUUUUUAAUUUUUUU